UCGGAUUGAUCAUGUAUAUGAAAAUAAUUAUUUUGACGAUUUGCGUGUGGCGAGCGUUUUCCCAAACGGAAGCUGGGGACAAAUUAAAAGAAAUGGAUUAUUUGGACGGAUCGAUUGUUGAAAAUAAAUAUUUGUUACCGUCGAUUAAUAUAAGUGAACAUAGUGAAGAAUUAACUAAUCACACGAAUGAAAAAGUUUCGGUUGGUUUAUCGCGUGCUUUGGAUUUUUACAACACUCAGCUACUGGCGGCAAAUUGGAAUACAAUUAAAAUUGAAUUAUCGGAGGAUUGUGCAAAAGACAUGCAAACCUACAUAGACGGUCUUACAGCUGGAGCAACUUGGGCCUUAAAGAUGGAUGAUGCAAGCGGAAGAUAUUCUACUGGAUGGUUUUGGGGUAACCAAUUUUGGACUGGAUCUCAAAGUUUAUGUGAAAACGUUUCGCCCGUAAAAGGAGUGAUUUUGGCAAACGGCAGUGACGAGAAUAGACUUUCCAAUGUAACGGAGCCAUUGCAAUAUGAAUCAUAUAAAAAGCUAUUAAUGAUUCAUUCUCAGCAACCACAGUUUGAUCUGGGGUAUUUUGUCUUGAGGGUAAACAUAAAUAAUUCUUUUACUAGUGAGGAACGUAUACUUCAUAUCGGAUUAUGCCUACCGGAUGUAUGCACAAACGAAGAUGCCAGAGUCUUAUUUGAAGAAACGUCAAGAAUAUCACAGAAGGUUUCACUAAAGGUGGGAGCAAUUCGAUCGAGACAUCAGCGAUAUAAUAUGUUUGAAGACGUGACGUUUUUGCUUUUGUGUACAGUAACUGCAGGUGUAAUCGUUUUGCUUAUAAGUGGCACCGCCUUUGACGUUUACAUACAGCAAAUGAGGAAAAAGAAGAAGACAUUAGUUAUUAAUUGUACCACAUACUCGCCCGCGGGAAAUGAUUUGUCAGAGACAGUAACAAAGCUUGAUAUGGGUAUGUCUAAUUUGAGAAACUAUAAGGGAACCUCGGGAUUUUAUAUGGUCUCUGGAAAAGGUGACGACAACAAUAACGGUCGAGACCAAGCUUCAUCAGGUACCGAAACCCCAAGUGACGCAGGAAACAAAUAUCGCGAAAUAAAAUUAAAUAAGCAAUUCAUCCUGUGUCUAUUGCGUAGACUGGUUCUUGCCUUUUCAAUAAGAGUUAACGUCAAUAACAUAUUUAACCAAAGUGUCGGAAGUGAUACUUUGUCAGUUAUACACGGGUUGAAAUCGAUAAGUAUAGCAUGGGUUAUUCUUGGGCAUACGUGCUUGGUGGCUUUUAAGUAUUCAGAUAACAUGGAAUAUCGUAAGGUUGUUCAUAAGGAAUUCAUGUUCCAAACGAUACUGAACGCUACGUUUAGCGUAGACACAUUUUUCUUUACAAGCGGGCUGCUGGUGUCCUUCCUUUAUUUUAGAGCAAAUGCCAAAGGGAAACUGGAUCAUCCUAUCACUAACAAAAUUAGUGGGUUUUGGUCAGGUUUCCUUCACUUCUUCGGCCUUAUUAUCUACAGAUUUGCGAGAUUGACUGCUCCGUAUUUGUUUGUAAUUGGAGUUUUGGAGGUAACAAUGAAAUGGUUUUAUUAUAACUCGGUGUUUGAACCACCCACACUGGAUCACGUUAACUGUCCCAAUUAUUGGUGGCGGAACUUGUUGUAUAUAAAUACCUUGUUUCCUGUUAACGAGAUGUGCAUGCUAUGGAGUUGGUACCUAUCCGAUGACACUCAAUUCUAUAUUGUAGGUGCCGUUCUUCUUAUCCUAGCCGUAAGCCACUUCAAAAGCGCAGCUGCUCUUCUGCUACUCUUCGUUUUAAGUUCGUGGAUGACUACGGGCUUCAUCGCGUUUAGCAACAGUCACCUGCCAGGAGCCGAUGACCCUUUAGCUCUUUUUGAUAAGAUCUACGAUAAACCGUGGACACGAUUAGGGCCUUACUUAAUAGGAAUGUGCGUAGGUUGGUUGCUUUUUAAAACCAAGUGUGAACUAAGAAUGAAUAAGCUUACGGUUAUUAUUGGAUGGUUCCUUUCAUCAAUUAUACUUCUGGCAUUAGUCUACGGAUUACACGAGAUAAAUUUGUCUCCACUGGCUGGUGCCGCAUACAGUGCCUUGAGUCACUCAGUUUGGGCAUUGGGAUUGGCAUGGAUUGUGGUGGCUUGCACUACAGGAUACGGGGGAUAUGUAAAUAAACUACUCUCCGCAAGUGUCUUGUACCCGUUCAGCAGACUUACAUACUGCGCUUAUCUACUGCAUCCAAUUGCUCUCCGGGUAAUGGUUAUGAGUAUGGAUCAACCCUUGCAUUUGGGCAAAGGAGUAAUGCCUGUCUUGUUCCUGGGGCAAGUUGUCGCGUCAUUUGUGCUUGCUUUUGCAGUAUCGAUAAGCUUUGAGGGACCAUCGGUAUCGAUGCUCAGAAUACUUACCAAAUUAACACACAGUCAGGAAGGUAGCCGUUAAUGUUUUAUAAGUUAGAUAUAAAACAUUUCAGUCAUUAUUAUGUGUGAUUGUACUUGAUCUUAUUAUUGCAUAG